UGCGCGGUGCGGCGGGGCCGCGGCGCUCCACAAGAUGUCGGCGCUGGGCGCGGUGGAGGCUGGGACCGGGACCGGGACCGGGGCCGCCCUGUUCCGCCCGCUGGACGCCGAGGACGGCGAGCAGCGGCCGGCGGAGAUCGAGUCGCUGUGCAUGAAGUGCCACCGCAACGGCGUGACGCGGCUGCUGCUGACGCGGGUGCCGUUCUUCAGGGAGCUGAUCGUCAGCUCCUUCAGCUGCCCCGCCUGCGGCUGGGCCGACGCCGAGAUCCAGCCCGCGGGCAGCAUCCAGGAGCGGGGGGUGCGCUACACGCUGGCGGUGGGGGCCCGGCAGGAUAUGAACAGGGAGGUGGUGAAGACCGACUGUGCCUCCGCGCGCAUCCCCGAGCUGGACUUCGAGAUCCCGGCCUUCUCGCAGAAAGGAGUCCUGACCACCAUCGAAGGCAUCAUCGACAGAGCUGUCAUGGGCCUGGAGCAGGACCAGCCCGUCCGCUGGGCAACAGACAAAGAGGUGGCAAGUAAAAUCGAUGAGUUCAUCGGUAAAUUAAAGCAGCUGAAAGAAGUACAUUCCCCUUUCACGUUUAUCAUAGACGACCCUUCAGGGAACAGCUUUGUGGAGAACCCCUACGCGCCACAGAAGGAUGAAGCUCUCGUGGUCACGCAUUACAAGAGGACUCCCCAGCAGGCUGCCAUGCUGGGGAUUGAGGGAGAGGAGUUGGAUGAGAAGCCAGCUGAUUCUGUAGAGGAUCUGAGGAACGAGGUACUGCAGUUCAACACCAACUGCCCCGAGUGCAAUGCCCCAGCUAACACAAACAUGAAGCUGGUGCAAAUCCCCCACUUCAAGGAGGUGAUUAUCAUGGCCACAAACUGUGACUCCUGUGGGCACAGGACAAAUGAGGUGAAGUCUGGAGGAGCAAUAGAACCCCAGGGCACCAGGAUCACCCUUCGGAUUACAGAUCCUUCGGACAUGACGAGAGACAUCCUAAAGUCGGAGACGUGCAGCGUGGAGAUUCCAGAGCUGGAGUUUGAGCUGGGAAUGGGAGCACUGGGAGGGAAAUUCACCACGUUGGAAGGGCUGCUGAAGGACAUCAAAGACCUGGUGGAGAGAAACCCCUUCACCCUGGGGGACAGCUCUACUCCAAGCAAAAAAGAAAAGCUGCAGGAGUUUGUUGGCAGACUGCAGGAGAUAAUAGAGGGAAAGACCAAGGCUCACUUCAUAAUGGAUGAUCCAGCAGGAAACAGCUACCUUCAGAACGUGUACGCCCCGGAGGAGGACCCGGAGCUGCGGGUGGAGCGCUACGAGCGCAGCUUCGAGCAGAACGAGGAGCUGGGCAUCAACGACAUGCGCACCGAGGGCUACGAGGCGGCUGCCGACCGAUAGCAGCGGGGCCCAGCCCCCCUCCCGCAGCACCAGGACUCACUGCUAACCGGGGGCACGCCGGGAGUGCCGCGCUGGGGUGGGUGGGGGGGUGAUUUUGGGGUAGAUUCGGCUGUUUUUGGGGUUUGUUCUAAUAAAGCACCUGCGGAUAG